AUGAACGAUCGCAGCCAUGCAAUGAGUCGUCAGGGUGAUUACACUUUGUGUUCUUAUCAUUCCGGAAAUCAGCAUUGUUGCGGAUGUCCAAAUUCUCUACGACCGAUGCUAGGAACUGCGUCUUGGGAACCUGAAAAUUACUAUAUUUUUCACUGCAAUGAUUGCGGUGGUACGACGAUACGAGAAAUUCGAUCUUUGUAUAUUGAUCAAAAACCUAAGUGUUCGUAUUCAAUGAAUCCAGUGCGACAUGAAUGGCAGUGCUCUCAUUGCGGCUUUCUGAAUUCUGAUUGUGACACAGUCUCAAAUCAUAAAAAUGUUAACUUGCUCGAUGCUGAAAAUUUAGAUAGCCGAAGUCAAACGAUACCACACAGUGUGUCCAACAGUUCAAUCCUCACUUCUGCAUCUGUUCUCUACAAAUACCCUGCUCUUUCCUCUGCUUAUAAUUGCCAGAAGUAUAGUUUUAUAACAUUACCGAAUUCAGUACAGUGCAAACAAAACAAAAAGCACAAUAAAAAUUUUGGAAAAUGCGCGGAAAAUGAUGAAUGUGAUUGUCUGGAAAUGAGUAAAUCUCAGACAGAAUCAUCAUACAUGGAUAGAUUGAAUGUUGAAAUGGAAACAGUAAAAUGGGUAACAACUCAGAAAACAUCAAUUGUCACAUCAGAUCGUGCUGCUGAUAUUGCAAUGGCUUCUUCAUUGAAAGGUCUGAAUAUAAUUCUGAACUUACUUAAUGAGGCUAGAAAUUUAACUAUUUUUAUGCAAUAA